AGGCUCGGAGGGCGUGGCCGGCCUGUGAAAUGUCAGGGAGGAAUGGCGCUCGGCGCGGUAUUUUGAACAAUCGCCCUUUCCUUUCCUCGUUUUUUCUCGAAACGUUGCCCUGCGCAAGAUCCUCCGUAGAGAGCUGAGACGUUGCAAGCAUGGAUGUGGUGUCACCAGAGCUCAACAGCCUCCUGCCUGAUGAGAUCAUGGAUACUGAGUCCAUAGAGGAGGUCCCCCAACCUAACACCACCACAGUUCAGUCAGAGACCAGUGAUGACACAUCGGUCCCAAUGGAAACGGAUACACCCAUGGCUGCAGAGAAGCUGAGUAUAUGUUCAGGUGCUGCUUCAUCGGAACAGACUCGGUCUCUGACCACCACCUCCACAGACUCUAUACUUGGCAGCAGCUCAGAGGGUCAAAUCUUAAUUUCCAGUUCACCACCAUCCCUUCUUACCCUCAAAUCAGCCCUGGCUACAUCCACAGCCUCUACCAAGACUACAGACAGUGUGACCAGUACAACCAGCGUCUCUACAAGUGGAUUACAGAAGCUCACAGCUCCCUUCACCAUCUCUCCCGCAAACCACCAGAUCAUACUCAACAAAGUGGCCUCGUCUCAAGCCACAGAAGCGGCAAAGACUGCAGGCACACUGCCCCAAGUCAUCAAGCAGGAUGGACAAAAACUCUUGGUCACAACAAUAGGAAAGACAGGGCAGCCUAUAGUGCUGCAGCUGCCUCACAUGGGCAACAGGCCUGGUGGUUCACAGACUUCAGGAGAUGUGAAGUCUCAAGCUCCACAGUUUAAAGUGGUGACCAUUGGUGGAAAAGAGCUAAAGCCAAUGGUGAGCACUCCUGGAAACCAGUUGACCACUUUGCAGGCCCAGCAGCUGAAGACGGUACAGAUAGCGAAGAAAUCACCAGCAUCGUCAGCUGCACCAAUUAAGUUGUUCAUCACAAAAACUGUCAACAGCAAAGGCCUGACACCACAGACGACAGUUCCUGCUGGUUUUGCUGCUGUUGUUACAGGACGAGUUGUGACACAGACUACCCCAGUGAUGCCCCCGAGGACCAUCACUCUGUCUGACACCCACAGCGCGAGUAUACAGAGCAUUCCUGGCAAAAAAAUAGCUAUUUCACCCCUCAAGACUCCCAGCAAGGUAACUGUGGUAUCUGUGGCCUCGCCGACCUCCAGCUCCUCUCUGAAGUCGGUGACGUUGCCUGUCAACGUAGCAAUCAACCAGCAGAUCCUUGCAGUCCAGCAAUCCACGUCUGUUUCUCCGGUCAAGGUGGCCACCAGUCAGGCGACUGUACAGAAUAUUAAACCAGUGCAGUCUGUGUCUGUGGGGGGAGUCGCAGCCUCCCAGUUCAAGACACUCAUCCCACUGGCCACCCAGACGAAUGUUCAGCAGAUCCAGGUGCCAGGAAGCAGGUUUCACUACGUCCGCCUGGUCACGGCAACCACAGCGAGCAGCACAGGACAGCCCAGUGGUCCCAGCACCAGCUCCAUACAGACAGCUAAACCUAUGGGGGUCAGUACAGGAGCAGUGAGGAUGUCUGUCCCUAUCGUCCCAGCACAGACCAUGAAACAGGUGGCACCUAAACCAGCAGCACAAGUAGUAACCACCACUCAGACCCAGCAACGCCUCAUUAUGCCUGCAACUCCACUACCCCAGAUCCAGCCCAACUUCACUAACCUCCCUCCAGGAACCGUCCUGGCACCAGCUCCUGGGGGUGGGAACGUGGGCUAUGCAGUAGUGCCGGCACAAUACGUCACACAGCUCCAGCAGUCACCGUAUGUGACCCUCGCCAGCACUGGUUUCCCAGCGUCCAAUGCUGUCCAGACUCAGGCCAGACUGCCACUUAAUGGCAUGUCAACAGCUGAGUCAACCUCAAGACCAAGGAAACCGUGCAACUGCACCAAGUCACAGUGUCUCAAAUUAUACUGCGACUGCUUUGCAAAUGGUGAAUUCUGCAAUAAUUGUAACUGCAACAACUGCUUCAACAACCUGGAGCAUGAAACAGAGCGUCUCAAAGCUAUAAAGACAUGUCUGGAACGAAAUCCAGAGGCCUUCAAACCUAAAAUUGGUAAAGGCAAAGAAGGAGAGUCAGAACGUCGGCACAGCAAGGGCUGCAACUGCAAAAGAUCGGGUUGUCUGAAGAACUACUGCGAGUGCUAUGAGGCGAAGAUCAUGUGCUCGUCUAUUUGUAAAUGCAUCGGCUGUAAGAACUUCGAGGAGAGCCCGGAGAGGAAGACGCUGAUGCACUUGGCGGAUGCGGCAGAAGUGCGAGUGCAGCAGCAGACUGCAGCCAAGACCAAACUGUCCUCACAGAUCUCAGACCUCCUCACACGGACGACGCCGGUUAUAUCAAGUGGAAGUGGAAGGCUGCCAUAUACUUUUGUAACAAAGGAGGUGCUGGAGGCUACGUGCGAGUGUCUGCUGGAACAGGCCAAAAAGGCUGAACAGACUCACCAGCCUCAGGCUGAAGCAGAGAGGCUGAUCCUGGAGGAGUUUGGACACUGCCUCAUGAGAAUAAUUAGUUCUGCGGGGAAAGCAAAAGCAGACUGUGCCUCCAUUAACUGCUAGGCAGAGUGUUCCUGAGACCUUCCACUCUCUAACCCAGCCCUGUGGUGGCCACGGGAGACUCUGCACUCUGUCUCCGACCGCUGGUGUUUCUCUCCUGCAGUAGGAACAGGUCGUCUCCCUCAUCAGAAGGCAGAACAAUGACCUGAAAGUAAACAAAUGUGUUUGCCUGGGCCAAGCUAAGGCCAGCUGGAAUAAUAAACACAGAACAGUUGUUUGCGCUGUUCUUAACUGAAGGACAAAUGGACGCCACCUGUGGUGGCUCUGCCUUCAAAAACUGCUCCUCACACUCGUUCACCUGUCUGUGACAGACAGAUAUGACUGACCAGCCUAGUGCUGAGAAGAAUAAACACAUCUCUUCACUUUAUUUUCCCUACAAGGCCAUAAAAAAGCAAGUUUUUCACACCUCUGUUCUUCCUUUUAUAUUCUGUUUUUCCUUUUCUGUUCUCAUGUUGAUAUUUUUUUUUUGAAAAGAAUGCUUGUGAUUUUUAAUGUAAUCAGUAUUUUUGCCUUUUAUGUAGACGAGCAGAACCUGUACCCUUUUGAUAUUUAUUUUGACAUGUAUUUGUAUUCAAUCGAGAGCUAAUAUUGUGUGGCGUAUAGUGCUACAUACUGUUAAUCAUUAACCACAGCUAGGCUAAAUUGUUUCAAAGAAAAUAAGUAGCGGCAGUCUGGGGUUUUAUCCUAAAUGCAGUCGUGAAAUGCACACACAAUGCAUUAUAUACACACAUACACAGCACCGCUCACAAUAGUUGACUUGAGUGGCAGAGGCACACACUGGUGCUGUUUUCCUGUUUUAUUAGUCCCAUGCUUUCUGGACAUUAAAAAAAAACAUCAACUCGGAAAAUAACUGGUUAAGUGUUGUUUCUGAUACUUCAUCAAAACGAGAGACAACAAAGAGGUGAACUGCAGAACUACACAGAUGAAAACAUUUCUGCGCUGGGAAAGAACAUGAGCGGGGAUGAUUAUUAUUUACUCAUCAUUUACGUUUGUCUUCAUCAAACUCUCUACUGUCUGUUUGCGAUACAUUCAGGUGCCAGCUGUGUGUCAUGCAUCAAAUGAUAAUUUUACAUCAGUGAUUUAUUAAUUUGCCCAUUAUUUUCUCAAUUCUGUGAAAGAAAUGCCCAAAUGUUGCAUCUUUAGAUGCUUUGUUUUGUCUUUUUUUGUAUUAAUGUUAUUAUUAUUGUAACGGGCUACUGCUGUCAAUCAAAUCCAAUCAAACCAAACCACGUGAUCAUAAAGUCUAGAGAUGCACAAUAUUAUGAGCAUGAUAUCAGUAUCUUAGUCAAAUAUUGGCAAACAUGCAAAAGGUCCCCUGAUAUGACUAUGGACUAAAACAGCAGGGUAAAUAAUAGGCUGCUACCUAAUUGACUUCUAUACUUUUCUGGUUCUUUAUUUUGCACAAUGAAGAAGAUCCAUGUCUACAUCUGUAUGAUAUGCAAGAUAUUAUGUUAAUUUCACUAAAUAGAAAGAUGUGUGUAUACCUGUGUAUAUAUCGGUACAGGUCAUCAGCCCGAGCGCCCCCAAUACAUUGGCAUAUCAGCUAAAAGUCCAAUAUUGUGUAUCCCUAACACAGUCCUGAUCAAAUCAGAUGUUCUUGAUUUUUUGAAACCUCAAAAUAAUAAAUAACUCUUAAAAGGUUAGUGUUACAGAA